AUAUCUCAGCCAAAUCACAACUUGCGCCCGAAUCAUCUUAGGGUGUUGCUAGUCUAUACAGCCACCACUUAUGGACGAAGUUUGAGCUCAAAAGCUUUUUAGCAUCUGGGGUGGUUUCCUCAUGAGACAUCGAUAAUGUAUGUAGAUAUCCUUCAAGUUUUCAUAUCUUAAAUUAGAGGAUGACAACUAAUUUAGAACCCCUAACUGAUCACUGUAAUGUCGCACCGAUAUAUGAAAGAAACGAACUAGUUAGAUGCAGAACUCGAGAAAACCUUACUCUGCAGCACUCUACUAUAUCUAUUCUUCUACCUUGUUCGUUCUGAUGAUCGUUGAAGACUACUCAUAUUGACUGUUUAAGUGGUUAAUCAAGAGAAGAUUUCAUAUUAGACUAGUUUAUCUAUUCUUACCUAUAGUUAUCGUAUGAACCAUAAAGAAAGUUUAGAAUAGCUUUGCUGAAAGAUCAACUAUUCUUCUUACUUCAAUUGUAUCUUCUUUAGGAAGAAGAAGCUGUUUAAAUGUAUUUGGUGCCACGGUUGUAAUUAAUAUUAUAGUGACAUUAUAUUAUUUCUAUAGUCAUUUAAUUGUUAAUCACCACGGAUAUAUCAGGUUUUCAUUGUCAAAAAAUGCAAGUCUAAUUAAUAAUUGGAAUUCUGCUAAAACUAAAACAAUUUUAUCUCAUUCUUUUAUUUAUUCACUUGAUAAUGAAUGUAAAAGCGCUCAAAAUGACUCAUCAUCACUUAUACGUCAGAAAAGCUUUGAUAAUAUUUUUGACAAUAAACUAUGGGGUUCAUAUGGUAGUCGAUCAGGUGAAGGCUCUUCAUUAGAAGGUACUUAUGAUUGGUUGAGACAUUUACGAACAUUAUUUGAACAUUACUCAAUUCGAUCAAUAGCUGAUAUACCUUGUGGUGACACUUAUUGGCAAUUUAGUCUUCGAGAAAUUAAUACUAUUGAAGACCUUUAUUUCGGUGGUGAUAUAUCAAUAAGUGUAAUAAAACAAAAUCAAAAAUUAUAUAAAUCUAGACAUCAUAAUAAAAUAUUUCAAUAUUGGGAUCUUGUCAAUUGUCCGAUACCAACCUACACAUAUAAAAAUUCUACACAUGAAAUAAAUGGCAAUCAAUUUGAUUUAAUUAUAGUUCGUGAUGCAAUACAACAUAUGCAUAUUCGAAAUGGUUUAAAAGCUGUACGAAAUGUAGUUAUGUCAGGAGCAAAAUUUUUUGCAUUAAGUACAUAUCCACCCAAUGGGAAAUCUUCAGCACCAAACACUCGUUCAAUAGGAAACAAUGAACCAUUACCAUUGACACCAACUGGAUGUGUAAAUAAAAAUUACUGCACUGAUGGGGCCAUUACCGAUGGUGGUUGGUACCAAAAUAAUAUUAAUUGUUAUCCAUUCAAUUUUCCAUUAAAUAAAGCAAUACUUGUACAACCAUCUCAUGCCAAAUUUCCCAUGGAACACGACGAGAUGCAUGUUUAUAAAAUUGAUGAUGAAUUAAAAAAAAUUGUUCAACAAUAUGAUAAAGCUUGUUCUUAA